ACCAUCAACAUGGCGCUGGCAAAGACUGUGUACAAUUUGCUCUUUAGGAGAACGUCUACUUUCGCCGUAACCAUCAUGGUCGGGGCUGUCCUCUUCGAACGAAUAUUCGACCAAGGCGGGGACGCAGUCUUUGAACAAAUGAAUCGCGGGAAACUGUGGAAACACAUCAAACACAACUACGAGAACAAGGAAGAAUAA